UAUUCAGCGAUCACAUAGGCGAUCACUUCCUUCCAGCACGUUAGCCUGUCUGUCAGUCUGUCGUGGAAAGGUGACGAAGAAGGUGGGCAAACAAGUCCGAGCAGGAGUAACAAUACAACAUUGUACGCGCACACAACAUGAAAGCAAUCGUCGCACUCUGCGCGCUGAUCGCGCUUACCGGUGUUUUCGCCGACGAGAUCACCACCGAUGAGGGUGUGCUAGUUCUCACCAAGGACAACUUCAAAUCAGCCAUCACCGACAACGAGUUCAUCUUGGUCGAAUUCUAUGCCCCAUGGUGUGGUCACUGCAAGGCCCUGGCUCCUGAAUAUGCCAAGGCCGCUAAAAUGCUGGAAGAUGACGGAUCCAAUGUCAAGCUCGGCAAAGUCGAUGCCACCGAACAGGGUGAACUCGCCGAGGAGCACGGUGUCCGUGGUUACCCCACGCUGAAAUUCUUCAGGAACGGCAACCCCUCUGAAUAUUCCGGUGGUCGCCAAGCCGCUGAUAUCGUCAACUGGCUGAAGAAGAAGACCGGCCCACCCGCCCAGGAAUUGAAGACCGUCGAAGAAGCCAAGGCAUUCAUCGACAAGGACAAGGUUGUCAUCAUUGGUUUCUUCAAGGAUCAGACCUCUGACAACGCGAAGGUGUUCUUGGACGCUGCCGCUUCCAUCGAUGAUCAACCUUUUGCUAUCACCUCUGAUGAAGCUGUCUUCGCCGAGUACGGUGCUGAGUGCGGAAACAUCAUGCUCUUCAAACAGUUCGAUGAAGGCAAGGUUCUCUUCGAAGGCAAAUACAAGGUGCAAGAAAUCAAGAAGUUCGCCGCUACCAACUCGCUUCCUCUCGUCGUUGACUUCAACCAUGAGACCGCACAGAAGAUCUUCGGUGGUGAGAUCAAGAGCCAUCUGUUGCUCUUCUUGAACAAGGACGAGGACCACUUCAACACCGUGUCUGAAGCCGCGCGUUCCAUUGCUAAGCCAUUCAGAGAUCAACUGCUCUUCGUCACUAUUGAUACCAAGGAAGAAGAUCACCAACGUAUCAUGGAAUUCUUCGGCAUGAAGAAGGAGGAAGUUCCUGCUGCGCGUUUGAUCCGCUUGGAAGAAGAUAUGGCUAAAUACAAGCCGGAAACCAAUGACUUGUCCGCUGAAUCACUGAAGGAGUUCGUUCAGGCCUUCCUUGAUGGUAAACUUAAGCAGCACUUGCUCAGCCAGGAGCUGCCCGAGGACUGGGACAAGGAGCCUGUUAAGGUUCUGGUCGCUUCCAACUUCGAUGAGGUUGUCAUGGACAAGACGAAGGAUGUCCUUGUUGAAUUCUACGCCCCAUGGUGCGGACAUUGCAAGCAGCUCGUGCCUAUCUACGAUAAGGUCGCUGAGCACUUCAAGGAUAACGAUGCUAUCCUUGUUACCAAGAUGGAUGCCACCGUCAACGAGCUGGAGCACACCAAAGUCACGAGCUUCCCCACGCUCAAAUUGUACACGAAGGAGCACAACAAGGUCGUGGAGUACAAUGGUCCACGUACCUUCGAGGGUCUGACCAAGUUCCUCGAAACUGGCGGCGAGGACGGCGCUGGCGCCGACGAGAACGAAGAGACUGAGGACGACGAUGCGCCGCGCAAGGACGAGUUGUAAACUCCUGUCGUGUGCAGUACUUAGCUCGUAUUUUUUAAACGAUUGGUUGUCAAACGCGUCAUCCUCACGAUUUCCCAAAAACCUACCUACGUUAUCCAUAUCCAUCCCCCACACACAAAUCCAACUAAUACUUCUACGUUAUAUUUUUGUACUCUUGAGGUGAAGAACUCUUUUUUGUGGUUUUUCUUUUUGAUUGGAAGGAGCAACGAGAUGUGCCGAAGACUGUUUUCUUUUUGUAGUAAGUUAUAUUUUUUAAAAGAUUGCAUUUACUAUUGUAAGAAAAAUGACUCUUCCUUUGUCGAAAUGUGGAAAGAUCGAGAUAGAGAGAGAAACAUUCCUAUUUUAGAGUUCAAUCGGCGCCCGCAUGUGCGUAAAAGUACAACAUAUAUUUUUUAUAAUUUCAUUUCUCGGAUUGCACUCUAAAAUAUGCUCUGCGAGCAGCGCGAAGGAGGCGAAACGCUGAAUCGAAAUCACAUUACACACGCCAUUGUGAAUACAAAAGAACGAGAAGUUGUAAAUUACAUUGUUAUAGCGAUAUAACUGAUUAAAAUCAAUAAAAAAUCGUAUAACUCA